UUGGCGCCGAAGAGCCCGUUAGCAUCGACCGAUGGUUAGAAAGCUUCAGUGUCGUGCACGCUAAGUAGCCAUAGAUAUUCCCCGGUUGCCAAGACUUGAACGCCCGCGGAACCACGUCGUCUUUCCCGUGGCUUCCCGAUGAUGCGUAGCCCCGCGGCGGCUACCGGCGGCAGCCGGAACCCUGGUACCCCCAGGAGGAGGUCCCAGGACAGCUGGGACGUCUCCCGGAGCUCCGCCUCCUCGGGAUCCUCCGGCCGCAGCAAGUCGUCGUCGUCGUCAGGGGCGACGUCCGGCCGGAACCCGGUCCAGCUUGCCGCCUGGGUGAUCGGGUCGUGCUUCAGCCCGCUGGCUGUGAGGUCAGAGAAGGAGGACUUCACGCCUCCUCUCACCCCAUCACGUUGUACCUAUGGAAGCGCCCCUGGAAGCUCUCAUACUACCGAAAGGAGGCGAUCAGGCAGUGGCAUACGUGGUAUUUCAAGCAACACUUCCCAGAGAAAGCCUGGAAGUAUGAGAUUCACCAUGGCGGAGAUCCACAAAGCAACGAAGAAUUUCUCCCCAGUCUUGAAGAUUGGACAAGGUGGCUCAGGGACAGUCUACAAAGCCCAACUAGAUGAUGGCACACUUGUUGCAGUUAAACGGGCCAAAAAGAAUGUGUAUGAUAACUAUCUGAGCGUAGAAUUCCAGAGUGAGAUCCAGACCUUGGCACGCGUCGAGCAUUUGAAUCUGGUCAGGUUCUAUGGUUUUUUGGAAUAUGAGGGUGAGAGGAUUCUUGUUGUUGAGUAUGUCUCAAAUGGAACUCUUAGAGAACAUCUUGACUGUCGACGUGGGAAACCUCUGGACCUCGGUGCACGGCUGGAUAUUGCAAUUGAUGUUGCUCAUGCUGUUACAUAUCUUCAUAUGUAUUCAGAUCAUCCUAUCAUUCACAGAGACAUUAAAUCCUCGAACAUCCUUAUUACGGAUAAUCUCCGUGCUAAGGUUGCUGAUUUUGGGUUUGCUCGAGUUGGUGCGACCGAGUCUGGAGCUACCCAUGUUUCAACGCAAGUUAAAGGGACUGCAGGUUAUCUAGAUCCAGAAUAUCUGGGAACCUAUCAACUCACAGAGAAGAGUGAUGUCUACUCAUUUGGUGUAUUGCUGGUGGAAUUGUUAUCUGGGAGGCGCCCUAUAGAACCAAAAAAGGAACUCAAAGAACGAAUCACAACAAAAUGGGCAAUGAAGAAAUUUACAGAAGGCAAUGCGAUGCAGAUAUUGGACCCAAAUCUAUCACCAAAUCCAGCCACCACUCUUGCCGUAGAACAGAUCUUUGAGCUUGUACUCCGGUGCCUAGCUCCGACCAGACACAAAAGGCCCAGCAUGAGGAGGUGUGCAAAAAUCUUAUGGAGCAUACGUAAGGACUACAGAGAGCUCUUGUUUUCAGAUUCCUUCUCCCAACCAUCCGAUCAAAGGAACGCUAUUCCAAACCAAAAAAAGGAAGAGGAGCUGAUGGGGUGAAAUUUUUUAUGGAAGGUCUAUUUACUUUGGAGAAGCUCAGUCAAACUUGGGAUUGCUCAGAUGUGACGCUGGUGCAGAUGUACUUGUCAUUAGGUGUUUGGCUGGUUUGAAGGCAUUUUGUUUUUAAGGGAUUGUCAUUGUAUUUAUGGUACAUAGGUAAAGCAAUUGCAUGUCUUUUCUUUGUAGGAAGUUUCUCUUUAUUUUUGUUGAGAGGGGAGGUACAACAAUUCCAAAAUGAUGUUUGAUAUGUUUUGCUUUGUGGAGUUUUAAUAUAAUGAGGGGCAAUGUGAUGAAAUGAUAAAGCUGUACAUUAUCUGCA